AUGUCUGAUGACGAGGUCGACCUUGAGUUACUAGCUCUUCUACGCAAAUCGCUGGGGCUCGGAGGAGGAGCGGCGAAUCCAGGAGUUGCGGAAACAAAAGUCCUCGAGAAUGCGCAAUACGUUUUCGAUAAUGCCAUCGACGUCGCCCUAGAUCCCGCCAAAACCAAAGCCGCCGCCGAGACGAUAUGGCGCCAGAUGCAGAAGAAGGAAUAUUCGACUCACACGUGGUCCGAACAUGAAUUGCACCCCAAGACGAAGGAUGAGGGCACAAUGCAUUUUAUCUUCACCAUGGACUUGCUGAAUUUCAGCUUCUGGUCAGCGGAGACGGAGGAGAAGCGGUUUGCGAUUGAAUACCGUGGGAAGAACUGGACCGGAUAUUGGAGCUUGGUGGCUGCACUACAACGAGCGUUGGAUGAGGAUAUACCCAUUACGAGCCCGGAGUUUUGGAUCGACGAGGUGGAAUGUACAGAGGAGCUGAUCAAGCAUGUUUUCCGGUCUGCGACAGACGAGGAGAUGCCUCUGCUGCACGAGCGACUUGAGUGUCUGCGAGAGGCUGGCCGAGUGCUCUGCAAUGACUUUGACGGCAGUUUCACCAACUGCAUUUACAACGCCAAUCACUCUGCAGCCGCUCUUGUGAACCUCCUUGCGGAGAGCUUUUCAUGUUUCCGGGACGAGGCUGUUUUCAAUGGACGCAGAGUUCGCCUUUACAAGAGGGCUCAGAUUCUAGUUGCAGAUAUAUGGGCAUGCUUCAAUGGAGAAGGGUACGGAGAGUUCCACGACAUCGACAAGAUUACAAUGUUUGCAGGCAUGACUUAA